UUCUCAACUCCCAUUCUCCACCAACCUUUUUGACCAUAGUUUAUUCCUCCACUUUUGAUCUGCUUUCACACAACCCCAACCUUGACUACUCAUUAUUGGUUUCUCAUUUCUUAGUUUAAAAAAUACAACCCUCAAAACCCAAGAAAAGAAAAAGUUGUUAUUAUAUCUCCAUUUUCUUGAUUUUAGCUUUAAUGGAAUCACCAUCAAUUUCCCAAGAAGUUGACAAUGAGCUUCAAGCUGAAGUUCUUUCUCCUUCUUCAUCUAUGGCUGACACUAUUAUAAAGCCUAUUUCAAGAACAACUGUUAAUUUUGCUAUGGGCAAACAUCGUAUGGCUGCUGCCAUUUCUUCUCUCGAUCAGCAAAUCCAAUUUAUUCAGGAAGAAUUGGAGCAGCUUGAAUCAUAUGGAGAGGCCUCCAUAGUCUGCAAAGAAUUUCUUUCAGUCGUUGAAUCCAAACCAGAUGCUCUGCUUCCAGUGACAAAAGGCCCAUCAGAUGUUAAGUGGGAUAGAUGGUUUCAAGGAGCCAAUGGGUCAAGACGUAACAAACGGUGGAUCUGAAUUUCCUUUUUAACCAAAAUACCAAAGAAAUUAAGUAAAAUUAUCUUGAUUUUCCUUUUUAUAUACAUACAAUCAGAUAUUUUUAUUUGUAUAUUUGAUUUUUACAAUGUUGUAUAAGGUGUCAUGUUAAAAGAUAAGUGAGAAAAAACGACCCCAAGGGCCAACAUUACUCAAA